AUGGAGGACGUGCUAGAAAUUCAGUCGCCUGUCGUCUUUGACAAAUCACUGGCUCAUUACGAGAUUCACGCUCAUCAGCCCUACACCAAUACAACAUUCAAGAAUAGCGAUGAAAUUCGCAUUUCAAUUCAACACCAAGACUUGUGCCUGUUACCAUCUCGCAGCUCUCUGCGCGUUUACGGUCGUUUGUCUGGUGUUAGAAAUGAAGUCUUGACAGAUACUUUAUUCGUCAAUAAUGCCAUUUGUCAUAUGUUCGAGGAAAUCAGAUACGAGUUGAAUGCCAUUGAAAUCGAUAAAUGUAAAAACGUCGGCUUGUCAACUGUAAUGAAAAAUUGGCUGUCUCUCGAUCCCAGUCAAACGGUCAUUGCUGAGAAUGCCGACUGGUUAGGCAUCGAUGAAAAUCAAGCUAUCGUCGAUGCUAAUGGCUACUUUGACGUAUUAAUUCCACUGAGUCUCAUCCUUGGAUUCGCCGAAAGUUAUCGCAAAGUAUUGGUAAACGUCAAGCAUGAGCUCAUUCUGGUGAGAUCAAGCAACGAUGUGAAUGCUGUACGACAAGCAUUGAAAAAAAUUGAUGGUGUAGAUACUUUCGAAGAAUUCAAAAUUGAUUUAACACGUAUCGAAUGGCUCAUGCCGUAUAGAGAUAGAAGUAUUUCGAUGAGCUUCCGCAGCUGGGAAUUGUACGAGUAUCCAGCGCUGCCCAGGAAUACCAGCCACGUAUGGACAGUGAAAACGGCAAACCAGUUGGAGAAACCACGCUUCGUUAUCUUGGGCAUAGAAAAAAUGCCAAGGAUAAGAAUGCCAUGCUAUCCGUACGGUAAUCUCAACAUCGAUAUUAGUAAGAAUCAGUAUGCUACAUUGUACGAUAUGUAUGCCAACUUUCAAAAUUCGUACUAUGGUAAAAAUUCUGAACCACUGCUGAAAAAGUCACAAUUUAUCAACAAUAUGCCACUCAUCGUGAUCGACUGUUCAAAGCAAAAUGAGUCACUCAAGAGCGCUCCAGUGGAUGUACGUUUGGAGUUUGAAACGAAAACGAAUAUCCCACAAGGAACCGCGGCAUAUUGUCUCAUUCUUCACGACCGCAUCAUCCAGUAUAAUCCAAUCAGCAGUGAUGUGAAAAAAUUAAUUUAA